AGGUGUAGCCCGCGCCUCUGCAGCCGGGCUCGCCUCAGUGCCCACAAACAGGGCCCCUCCGUCUGUCCCUGGGUGGAGUGAGGUUGGCGGGGAGGGAAAUGAGUGUAGAGAUGAGGGUGGGGUGGGGGCGACCCACAAGUUUCUCCUCCUCCGUCCCAGCGGCCGCCUAGCUGCGGGCUCCUUGUAGCCUCUGGGUGCCGGGACUGUGUUAGCCGGGGUCUCAGCCCUCUUUACUAAUGUUUAACCCAGGGCUGGAAACUUGGGAACGACCUGUGACACCGCACCCGGAGAAAGCGAAAAGCAGAGCUCCGGCUUCUCACCUCUUACUUUUGCUUUCUGCCUUGGCUCAGGGAAGACCAGCUUGAGGGGUGUUUCCGACAAUGAAGACAGUAUGGGGUCUCUUAGUGUUGUUGGGGGCAGUUGCGGUCAUUUUGAUCAUAACUAUUCCAUCGGUUUUGCUGACCCAAAAAAAAGCUGAAAAUGACCUUCGGAAAACCUAUUCCUUGUAUGAUUAUUUGAAAAACACUUACAGAAUAAAGUCCUAUCCUUUAAGGUGGAUUUCAGAUACUGAAUAUCUUCAUAAAAGAGAAAACAAUGUUAUGGUGUUUAAUGCUGAAUUGGGAACCAGUUAUAUUCUCGUGGAUAACAGCACCAUAGAUAAAUUGGGGUAUAUAGUAACUGAUUAUUAUGUCUCUCCUGACCGGCAAUUUGUGCUUUUUGAGCAUAAUUACGAUGAGAUUUGGAGGCAUUCCUACACAGCUUCAUAUGACAUAUAUGAUUUAAAUAAGAGAGAGUUGGUUUUAGAUGAGAAAAUUCCUGAUGUCAUACAGCAGAUCUCCUGGUCACCAGUUGGUCACAAACUGGUAUAUGUUUGGAAUAAUGAUAUUUAUAUAAAAAAUGAACCACAUUUGCCAAGUUUGAGGAUCACUUAUGAUGGAAAAGAAAAUGUAAUAUUUAAUGGAAUAACUGACUGGGUUUAUGAAGAGGAAGUCUUUAGUGAUUACUCCGCUCUGUGGUGGUCUCCAGACGGCACUUUUCUAGCAUAUGCCCAAUUUAAUGAUACAAAAGUUCCUAUCAUGCAAUACUCCUUCUAUUCUGAUGAAUCAUUUCAGUACCCGAAGACUAUUCAGCUUCCAUAUCCAAAGGCAGGAGCACCGAAUCCGACUGUAAAAUUUUUUGUCAUCAAUACAACAGCUGUCAAUGAAACUACUAAUGUAACUUUAGUACAGAUUGUAGCUCCUGCUUCAAUGUUAAUAAGUGAUCAUUACUUGUGUGAUGUGACAUGGGUGAAUGCUGAAAGGAUUUCUCUUCAGUGGCUCAGAAGGAUUCAGAAUUAUUCAGUCAUGGAUAUUUGUGACUUUGAUAAAGACAAUGGAAGAUGGAACUGUGCAGUGGAUAGACAGAAGAUUGAAAUGAGUUCUACCGGUUGGGUUGGAAGAUUUAGACCUUCAGAGCCUUACUUUACAUCAGAUGGUGAUAACUUCUACAAGAUUAUCAGCAAUAAGGAUGGCUAUAAACACAUUUGCCAUUUUAAUGUUAACACAAAAGAAGAAACAUUUAUUACUGAAGGACAAUGGGAAGUAAUUCAGAUAGGAGCUCUCACCAAUGAAUAUCUAUACUACAUCAGUAACGAAAACAAGGGAAUGCCAGGAGGAAGAAAUCUUUAUAGAAUUAAUCUUGAUUCAUCUAAACAAGUGACAUGCAUUACCUGUGAAUUUAAUCCAGAAAGGUGUCAGUAUUUUUCAGUAUCCUUUAGCCAUAAAGCAAAUUAUUAUCAACUAAGAUGUUCAGGCCCUGGCAUUCCCAUUUAUGUUCUGUACAGCAGCCACAAUUCUACAGUACUUAAAGUGCAGGAAAACAACACAGAACUGGAAAAUAUGCUGAAGGAAGUCCAGAUGCCCACAAAAGAAAUUGACUUCCUUAUAUUGAAUAAAACAAAAUUUUGGUACCAGAUGAUUUUGCCUCCUCAUUUUGAUAAAUCCAAGAAAUACCCUCUUCUAAUAGAGGUAUACGCAGGACCCUGUAGUCAAAAAGUUGACACUGCCUUCAGACUUAGCUGGUCUACUUACCUGGCCAGCACAGAGAAGAUUAUAGUGGCCAGCUUUGAUGGCAGAGGAAGUGGCUAUCAAGGUGAUAAUAUCAUGCAUGCAAUUAAUCGAAGAUUAGGAACAUUGGAAGUUGAAGAUCAAAUUGAGGCAGCCAGACAAUUUUCAAAAAUGGGCUUUGUGGAUGAAAAACGAAUCGCAAUUUGGGGCUGGGUGAUAAGCAAUUAUCCUGGAUUUCUUUUGUGUAUUGGCAUUAUGCUUUCUUCAGGGUCUGCAGUGUACAGAUGUAUACAACUGUCGCCAAAAUGGGAGUACUCAAUAUACACAGAGCGCUACAUGGGACUUCCAACCCCAGAAGAUAAUCUUGACCGCUACAAGAAUUCAACAGUCAUGAGCAGAGCUGAAAAUUUUAAACAAGUUGAGUACCUCCUUAUUCAUGGAACAGCAGAUGAUAAUGUUCAUUUCCAGCAGUCAGCUCAGAUCUCCAAAGCCCUUGUGGAGGCCGGCGUGGAUUUCCAGGCAAUGUGGUACACAGAUGAAAAUCAUAGCAUUGGGAGCAACUCAGCACACCAACAUAUAUAUACUCACAUGAGCCACUUCCUAAAACAGUGCUUUUAUCUCUCCUAGCACCCAAGUGUCUCACUAUGUAUUUCUUUUUUAGCUUAUUAAAUAGCUAUUUUUUUCUCAUUACCCAAAACUGCACUGUGUCAGUAUAACUAUCUUGGGGAAAAUAAACUCAAAUCAAGAAAUGUAAGGGUAUUUUUGUUCCUGAAUUCCAUACAUACAACAUGAAGUCAACAUUUAAGUGGAAUUCUUUCUUGCCAACAUACUAUAUUGCAUUGCAGCAUUUUGGAUGUAUUCAGUGGGAUUUUGUUUAGCAUCCAGAUCAUUUACAUGUCAUCUGCUAAAACAAAAAGGAAAUAUGAAUUGUUCAUGUGCUACGUUUCCACAGGAUCAUUGGACUGUUCCCCUGUCCCCACCUGGCCUCCUGCAAAGAUUGUGAAUCUUCAUUAAAAGAAUGGAAAAAUGAGUCCAGUGAAGUAGGAGAAACAGGGAUUCUGCAAGGGGAGCUUUACCUAAACAAGAUUGAAUCCCAAUAUAUGCUACCUUGCAUUUACCACUAAUUAUAGCUGCACUGUAGAGAAUGGCCUGGUAUUUGUUGCACAGUUUUUCUCAGGAAAGAAAUUAGAUUUGCAGAGGUUUUUCCCAAGUUAAAUCGCAAUCAUUGCAUGGGUUCUAAAUAAUCGGAAGGUUCAGAAUAAUUGCCAGUAAUGAGGAACACUCCUCUGUGAUAUCUCUGGUUACAGGUGCUGUGAAAACAAGUAGAUCUGUGGAAAAGGUUCUUCUCCACCACCACUUUUUUAAUGUGUUAAAAAAAAAAAAACAACCAACCUACAAGUAAUGUUUCAUAAAUGAAAGGCCUUUCUCAAACAUGAGACACAGCUUGGAACUUAGAUGGAAGCCCAUCAACUUGCCCAUUUAAAAGAUGAAACCUAAUUGUGUUGCAAAUCCUAACUUGAAGGAAGUACUUGCAUCAAUUUGAAUUUUUCAUCAGUUUCCUUGAUGUUCUUAAUUAAGGAGCAAUUUAACCAUCUUAAAUUCCCUUUGAGCAAUAUGAAAUAAGUAGAAUGUUAUGCAUUCCCUCAUCUUUUAAUAAGUAUGUCUUUGGCAUUUCAGAGGUAAUGAGUGUGUGUCCUUAAUCAGAUCUAAAUCAUAUUGGCAUGUGGCCACUUUUACCCUGGAAGGCUCUGCUUUGCUUUGUUAACAUUAAUGGAAAGAUUUGAACUGUUUUUUUUAAAAAAAAAUACAAAGCACAAAAUUUGUAAUGUAAUAAAGCAGUUUGUGGUA